AUGUCAAGCGUUAAUCUCAAAUCGUCACCAGACGUAGCCCAAAAAGCUGUAUCUAGGAAGAAAGGAAAGAAGAAAAAAGUCACAAGCACCGCAGGUCAAGUAAACCUUUCAACACUGGCAGACACACAAGUAGAUGAACAGGGGGCAUGUCAAAACAAUCAAGAAACAAAGAGAGAAGAAUUAGACCAAAAUGACAAAGAGCCCCAUAAUCAUGAACCGAUAGAAUGUUCAAUACGAAAAAAAAGGGAUUCAAUAAACGAUAAUGAUGAGACCGAGACUCCAGAUCUAUCUCCAAAAACUGGCACAGCAAUCAACUCAUCACUUGAAGAUUCCGAUACAAAUAUCCGUCUAGAAGCUAUGUCACAAGAACGGGAAGCCUUAUUAGCUGAAGUUGAACAAUUACGGAAGUCUUUAGAAGUUAUUCAAGAUAAGCAUAACUCUGAGAUGAGCGACCUGAAGCUACAGCACAAUACAGAGGUUUCAGCAAUAAAAACUAAGCUAGCAGAGGAAAUCUCUUCAAUCGAAGGCCGCCAUAGUCAAGAAAUUGAAGCAAUAAAAACCGAGCUUAAGGAAAAUGAAGCAGCUAAACAGAUAGCUGAGACACAGUAUCAGCAUCUCUUGGGUCGCGUAAACACGAUCAAGUCAAGUCUUGGAGAACGUUUAAAGGCAGACAAGCAGGAACUCGCAGAAGCUCAAUUCCAAAUCGAAGAACUAGAAUCUCAGAAUGAAACCUAUGACCGGCGUGUCAAAGAACUCGAAGCUGAGUUGAAGCGACUAGAAUCUAAAUUUCUAGAUUCAGAAAACGAGAUCUUGAACUUUCAAACCAAGCACAAUAACUCUAUGCAAGACUGGUCAGAUGAGCGAGAAGGAUUUUUGAGACAAUUACAGGGACUCAAGAAAGAAGCCGAAGCAGCAAAGGAAGGAAUGAGAGACUGGGAGCUCUUAGCUACCGAAGAAAGAUCCAUGCGGGAGACUCUUGUAGAUAGAAUUAAAGACUUUGAAGAACAGGCCAUCAUUCAAAAGCAAGCUCUUGAUUCGGCUCUCUCAGAAAAGAAUGACCAAAAAAGGGCUAUGAAUAAUCUGCAAACAAAUAUGCAUAAUAUACAGGAAUCAUGUAGGCGAGAACUACACGAAACUGUGGAAUCCUACGAAGAUCAGCUACAGAAGUUAAAGAAACUCGUUCAAUCGGCAGAAUUCCGCGCUAAAGACUCAGAAGCAUCCAAGGCGGCCCUUCAAGCCGAAAUUGAUCGCUUAGCACCCAUGGAAAAUGAGAUAAAAGAAAAAAAUCUUCUGAUUGGAAAGUUAAGGCAUGAAGCGAUCAUACUAAAUGAUCAUCUCAUAAAAGCUCUGAAAUUUCUCAAGAAAGCUAAGCCAGAGGACAACGUAGAUAGGCAAAUUGUCACAAAUCACUUCCUCCACUUCCUCACCCUUGAUCGCUCCGACCCGAAGAAAUUCCAGAUUUUACAAUUGAUUGCCUCUCUUCUUCAUUGGACUGAUGGGCAAAGAGAACAGGCAGGCCUGGCGCGUCCUGGGACUUCAGGUUCCUCGUUACGCUCACUGAAUCCAACUUUCCAUCGUACACCUAGCACCCCUUCUCUCUCUUCAGAAUUUCUUGGAGACAGUUUUACACGUAAGGAGUCCCUUACCGAAUUAUUGCAAGGAUUUUUAGAGCGGAAUAACGAGGAAAAUGGCACUCAUAGUCGAAGUGCGAGUUUGAGUAGCGCUUCAACAUAUAAAGCCAAACGAAAAAGUGAGGGAGGAGGGGAAGCAUAG